AUGACCCACCAGUUCUGGGCCUCCUGUCUUUUCCCACUGAUCCUGGCUGGCUUGGCUCAGGAAACCCUGAAGCCUCAAAAAUGGAAGGUGGAUUGCAACAAAGAGGUGGCUGGUACCAUCUACGAGUAUGGAGCUUUUACUCUGACUGGCGGGGAGUAUAUCCAGUUCAAGCAGUAUGAAGGAAAGAACAUCCUCUUUGUUAACGUAGCCAGCUUCUGUGGCCUGACGGCUCAGUAUCCUGAACUGAAUACACUGCAGGAGGAGCUGAAGUCAUUCAACGUCCUGGUGUUGGGUUUUCCUUGUAACCAGUUUGGAAAACAAGAACCCGGAAAGAACUCAGAGAUCCUGUCUGGGCUCAAAUAUGUACGUCCAGGUGGAGGCUAUGUCCCCAAUUUUCAGCUCUUUGAGAAAGGGGAUGUGAAUGGAAAAAAAGAACAGGAGGUCUUUUCUUUCCUGAAGAAUUCCUGCCCUCCAACCUCUGAAUUUUUAGGCUCUUCAGAAUAUCUCUUCUGGGAGCCCAUGAAAGUUCACGACAUCCGCUGGAACUUUGAGAAGUUUCUGGUGGGGUCCAAUGGAGUCCCUGUCAUGCGCUGGUUCCACAAGACUCCUGUCAGCACUGUCCAGUCAGACAUCAUGCAAUACCUAAACCAAUCCCGAACCCAAUUGUAA